AUGUCUACGGAAUCUGCACCGCCGCCUAUGGCAGGCGGAGAUGAGCCAGAGAAGGCAGAAUCUGCUUCUACAAAGGACGCUACUGAUUGCUGUGUCGUGAGGUUACACAAUGUACCGGCACAAAUCGAUGAAGAAUCCUUAAAACAGGUCAUGGGUCAUUUCGGCCGAGUGAAGCGUUGCCAAGUUGUGCUUGGAGAGAGCACACAUUCUGCCUGUGAAGCGUAUGUACUUUUCAAGCAUCCCCGAGAGGCUGCCGCUGCUUUGAAGGCAAAUGAAAAACUGGAAUGCGGUGGAUGUACGCUGAAGAUCAGCUUAUGGGAGGGAGACUUCCCAUCUGAAUCAGUGGCUGCCAGUAAACGCACGUUACCGGGUAAUAGUAACGAUGCGUGUUGGUUUUGUCUGUCUAAUAUCGCAUGUGAGGACCAUAUGGUGGUCUACGUCUCGGAACAGAGCUACAUAGCCAUCGCAAAGGGACCUAUCGCCCGUUACCACAGCUUGGUAACUCCAAUUUAUCAUUAUCCUAGUGCGGCGUCAGCAUCUAGACAUGUGCUGGAGGACAUGCAGCGACUUGUUGAUUCCCUUUUCGACCUCUGCCUGAAAAGUGGGAUGGGCGGUAUUGCCUUUGAACGCUACAUGCCAAUGCAAAACCCUAAUGCUAUGCACACCCAGAUUCAAGUUGUGCCAGUGCCCCUAGAUCGGGCGAUGGAUGCCUUCGCUUACGUGAACGAUUCGGAGCAUUUUGUGGGUUCGAAGGUGGAGGCUUUGGGCGAGCAGUACCCAACCUCACUUAUGUGUCUGGAGGGACGUCUAGAUGGAUUAGAAAGAUCAUAUUUUUAUUUGCAGGCAGUUGGCAGAAACACGGGCGAACGAGGAGGGCUAGUCCAUUCUCACUGCCUGUGGACGCUUGGUCACCGCGGUGGCGGCCGACGCAUUCCCAUAACUUUCGGACGUGAGCUCGUGCUAAAUUUGCUACCAGAUUCUGCUGCGGAACUCAUGCCAUGUAUGUCGGCUGUGUCAUCACCACCAGAAGGCUCUUGGAAGGAGAUGGCACUGGAUUGGCGUAAUUGCAUAACCAACAAGGAAACCGAAUCACUCUUGGCACAGGAGCUGUCUAAAUCUCUUAUUGACAUCUCGAACUAG